AUGUUCAUAAUUAAUAUCCUUACACUUAUUGUCCCUAUCCUCUUAGCAGUAGCAUUUCUCACCCUAGUAGAACGAAAAGUCCUAGGCUAUAUACAACUCCGAAAAGGCCCUAAUGUCGUAGGACCCUACGGUCUACUACAACCAAUUGCGGACGCUAUCAAACUAUUUACUAAAGAACCACUACGCCCCGCCACCUCUUCUAUCACCAUAUUUAUCCUCGCCCCCAUCCUAGCUCUAACCCUAGCUCUAACCAUAUGGAUCCCCCUCUCAAUGCCACAGCCCCUUGUUGACAUAAACUUAGGUGUACUAUUUAUACUAGCUAUGUCCAGCUUAGCUGUCUACUCUAUCCUAUGAUCUGGCUGAGCCUCCAAUUCAAAAUAUGCACUAAUUGGUGCUCUCCGAGCUGUUGCUCAAACUAUCUCAUAUGAAGUUACACUAGCCAUUAUCCUACUCUCCGUGCUUCUAAUAAAUGGAUCCUUUACUCUUUCAACACUCAUCACAACACAAGAGCAUAUAUGAAUAAUUAUCCCAGCCUGACCUCUAGCCAUAAUAUGAUUUAUCUCCACACUAGCCGAAACCAACCGGGCCCCAUUCGACCUUACCGAAGGAGAGUCAGAAUUAGUAUCGGGCUUUAACGUAGAAUAUGCAGCUGGCCCUUUCGCCAUAUUUUUUAUGGCAGAAUACGCUAACAUUAUUAUAAUAAAUGCUUUUACAACUAUUUUAUUCUUCGGAGCCUUUCAUAAUCCCUAUAUACCAGAACUAUACACAGCCAACUUUGUCCUUAAAACGCUACUAUUAACCGUAACCUUUCUAUGAAUCCGAGCAUCCUACCCCCGAUUUCGAUACGAUCAACUAAUACACCUACUAUGAAAAAAUUUUCUCCCCCUAACCUUAGCCCUAUGCAUAUGACAUGUCUCAUUACCCAUCUCAACAGCAGGUAUUCCGCCCCCCCAAACAUAA